AUGGCAGCCGUAUCUGCUGCCCCAAACACGACCACGCUCACUCCUCCUAGCAGUUCUCACGGGAACGGCUACUCAUCAUGGGAUAUGUCGGCCUCUGGUCCCGCAGAGGAACCGGCCGCGACGAACAAUGAUGGUGCGAACGGUUACUCCCGGCCCCCUUUCGCUCAACAGAAUGGCAACGCCUCACCACAAAAGCACAGCGCUGCAGAAUUGCACAGCACUGCGAAAGGAUCCUCGAUGCUAUCACCGCCCCACAACCCCGACAGCAAGAAAGCCGGCAGCAUCAAAGAAAACAACAGCCCCGCAGACAGCUUGCUAGAUCUCUAUGGCAGCAACCGCAGCGCCAAUGCCUCCGGAUCCGACUCGCUCAAGCGCAAUAAUGACGAGCUCUACUUGUUUGAGCACGACAGCUCCAAGUGGAUCCACAGAGACAAGUUGGCUAGGAUAGAGAGCGAGGAGCUGCAGGCCGCCGGUAUUAUCAUCCCCAAGGGUCGCGCCCGCAGCAAACCCCGGAGAGAGCACAGCCAGGAGCACAUGGGCCGUCAUAGGAGGGGGACGGAUGCGGACAGCCAUACCGAAGGCCGAUCUAGGAAGAACUCGGCCGCCACGGUCGACGUCAAGAUAUCUGGAUACGCCGUUCCCAGCUGGGAUCUGAGGCUGCCAGAAGAGGCGGCGGAGGAUGCGGACGGCUAUUUCGUCCCCAACGGGGGUACCAAAGGUUCGUCUCGCAUACCAGUCGCCAAGACCAGUCCUGCCCCGAUCGCAGCCGAGCAUAUCGAACGGGACGUCCCGAUGACUCGCAAGCGGGAUAACAGCCCCGGUGCCGAAGACACCAUCACGUAUCCCAAGCCGCGCUCACGGACGGGGAGCGAGAAUGCUACCGAGGCGUCCAACGUGACCCUCCCAGCCGUCAAGCGCUCUGUCACGGAAACGUCACCAAAGAAGAGCGCUGCAGGCACGCGAAAAACUUCAGCGCCAGCGAAGACAGGGGCGGCAGGGAGCCGACCCAGGACCCGGAAUGGGACCAAGGACUCCUCGAACGGGAGCCAGACGAGACCAGGGACCCGUUCUGGAGACCGCGAGCUCUCGGGCCCUCUCUCGCCCGGGAAGCCCAUCAAACAGCUUGAAGGAGAUCCGCCAUGGAUGAUCUCGGCCUACAAACCAGACCCGCGAUUGCCUCCAGACCAGCAGUUGCUGCCCACUGUCGCCAAACGUCUACAGCAGGAGAAGUGGGAGCGUGAGGGCAAGUUUGGGAACGUAUACGACAAGGAGUUCCGACCCCUCAACGACGAGGCCUUCCUGAAGCCUCCUGAACCCGCGGCGAUACCGGCCGAUAAACAAUCACUGAAAGACGACAAGGAGAAGACCGAUGAGUGGCCGCUGAAGCCCGAGGCCAGAAGUCCGACCCUGGGCCAGGGCCGCACCGGAUCUUAUUCGACCAUCCCCAAGAUCCAGGAGAAGCCGAAUGUCAGCCCGCUUCCCAGCCCGAGGAGUCCGAACAUGCAGCAGCAGGGCCAGUUCCAGCCCAUGGCACAAGCGCCCGAUGCGCGGCAGGAUCAGCCACAGCCAGAGGAGAAGGAGAAGGGCGGCGGUUGCGGCUGCUGCAUUGUCAUGUAA